AUGCUGCGGGAUCUCGGCAUACUACGCCGACUAGAAAAAUUAAAAUUCGACACAGAAACGCGGCUAGGAUUCGAUAAUUCAAUUUGUUUGAGCUUGUACGUCCGUAAUGAAAACACAAUAGGGGCAUGCACCAAUGUUUACUCGGCUCCAACCACCGACGCGGCCGACGCCUGGGGCCCUCUCCAGAUCUGCGAGACGGAUGGAAUCGAAGAAUUGAGCGACGAAGAAUCUCCGAGCGGCGGCAGGCGCCGACUUGUCGUUGUAAAGACCCUGUGGCGCGGCUGCCAUAACGAUAUCAAAGCGGCGUUUGCCCGCGAAGCUACGUGGGGCGCAGGUCUGAAACACCCUCAACUCGCCAGGGUUUUAGGCCUGAGUCUUUUAGAGCCCCCGUGCGCGGCACUCGACCGCGGCGAUGCCGUUCCACUGCCUACGAUAUUGAGACUGGACAGGAAGUUGAGUUAUUCGAGUUUGAUUCACAUAUGCUGUCAGAUAGCAGCAGGCAUGAAGUAUCUGGAAUCAUUCGAAUUAGUACACCGGGAUCUCGCGGCUCGGAACGUAACAGUGAGUGAAGAGCUCAACGUUAAAGUUUCCGACUACGCCAUGUUCUGUGAAGAGUUCGUUGGCGACUACCACGUGAUGGCGGAUGGUACCCGCAUACCGCUGCGCUGGAUGGCCUGGGAAUGUCUGUUGAUGGGUAUGUGCUCUCCAGCCAGCGAUGUAUGGUCAUUCGGAGUUACUGUUUGGGAGGUCCUCACCUACUGCACCGUUAGACCCUUCGAGGAAAUGAAUGAUGACCAGGUUGUCGGCAAUGCUAGCGAGUGGCGCUGCGGAGGACGCAAUGCCCGGGUACCGGCUGCCCCCCCACCGCGCUGCCGUCGUGAGCUUUACGACCUCAUGCAUGAGUGCUGGCGCCGUGAACCGAUACAGCGACCCCGCUUCCACGACUUACACCGCUUCCUCGAACGCAUGACCCACGGAUACAAGCCCCCGGCUAACCGUUAAACACGGACCGAAAAAUGUUUAUAACCGGAUUCUACAAUGCUGUACCGUAUGAGCUUCUUUUAAAUUUAAUAGGCUAUUAUGUAAUCUCUAGGAGCAUAUCGUUAGGUAGACGCCCGAGGUGUGUAAAAAUGAGCUCGGAUUCGAACAGACUGGAUAGUGAUAUGGAAUAAUGAAAACGGGCAGUAUUAAAACAGUAUUAGGAUUUUAGGAAUGUUUUGAAUUAGGCACGCGCUGUACGCAUACGUGCAUUUCAAUUAUUAAUAGAUAUUUUAAACGUGUCUUAGGAUGUAAGUUUAUGAUAAUCGAUGACGCAGCUAAGGAGAACAAAAUAGGUUUCUGACUGACAAAUAAAAAGUAGAUAGGAACGCAUGAAAACAAUGCUUUUAGUCUAGUCUAUUAAAAAAUUAUAUAAUUAAGCGGUCCGGAAGCCUAUUUGUCGCCAAUGGGUCAACGCCCCAUAUCUGGCAUUUAUUAAGCGUAUUUAGGUAUAUUCAUAAUCUAGUCAUUAAUUGGUGUCAAUAGAUGCACCGGCGUCGUCUUCUUUCAUUCUAUCUAUCCUAGGCGCCCCUUGGCUAGUGCUAACACCACCUAUCUACCGCCGUUUUGGCCUAACCCUUAGUUAGAAACAAUAUUUGAAUACGCGUUAGAAAUUUCACAAAACCACCUGACCGCUAUACUUAGAUCUUCCACGUAUUUAAAUAAUGUAUCAUCGUUCGGGAACGAGACAGUCUUCGAAUAAUUCUAUUAACAUUUUAAGGGCAUAUAUUAUUAUAUAGUAUUAAUAUAUUUGUAAUCUCAUAAAAAUACUCUAGUAGUUAGUUAUAAGUGAACUAUAAAAUACGCGUAGUUAGUUUUCUAUUUCGAACCUUGAAUUGUUCCCGAGCGAUUAGUAUAUCCAAAGUCUAACUCCUAUUUUUUUAAACCUGUUUUAAAUGUUAAGGGUGUAUACUUUUGAGGCGUAUGUCUCUAGGCCAUUAUUUGGCCCCCUUUGCUUCUUGUUUUCUUCCACAAAGCAAGUCUCGUGAUAGGUCAUCGCACCUGUGACAAUUCGGUCGCAAAUCGAAUUUUUAUAAGAAAGAGAGAGAGAUAUAUAUACUUAUAUCUACAACUAACGUAAUGAGUUUAUUUGGAUAACGCAAAAAGCUGCUGUUAGAGUGAGAACCGAAUGUGUUCGGAUUUGCAAUGACCUUAGAUCGAUUCUAGCCGAAUUACUCCCUCUGAUUUCCUAUAACUAAACCUAUCGCUAUCGUUAGUUUAAUAAUAUGCAUUUUCAGUAUAAUAAUUAUAACGGUACAUCACUAUAACAAUAAGUAUGUGUUUACGAUAUAGGCACCCUACUAGGCUACCUACUACUGCUACUAACCCUAAUAGGCAUACCUAUUCGUAGAGAUAACCUUAAAUGAGGGAACAGCACCUCGAUUCAUUUAACUAGUGAGUAGCUAUUAUUUGUAGGUUCUCUAUUAUAGGCCUAAUGCCGCACUUAUUUCGGCUUAUAAUGGGAUAUAAAUUACCCAUAUCUGUCGCAUUUUUCCAUGUAUUUUAUAUAUAAUAUGACCAGUGAAUAGAGGUGCUGUUUUCAUUCCCGUUAACUGAUAAUUAAUAAUGUUUAAAACUAUUGCAUGAAUUCGUCUUCUAUAGAUUUCGAUAUAAGAUUAGAGGUGGCUAUAGGAUUAGGCGUAAUGCUAUUAUUUUAAGGGAUCAUUCGGCAGUCGAGUUCCGCAGAGUAUUUAUAUUGAAUACCAGAUAUAUUAAUCGGUUGAGUUUCUGUUAUUAGUUAAUGUUCACGUUUCUAGGAUAUAACUAGUUAGUAAGAGCAUCUCAACAGGUUGUGAAAAAUGUAUCAUGAAUAAAAUUAUACGGAUUACCUUUUGAGCUGUUCUUCUGUAUGAUGACCGGCAUCGCUAACCUGUCAAUAAUUAACAUUAGAUCUUGAAGUCAGUGCUUUUGUAAGGAGGAUCACACGACACGAUUUAACGGUCACGAUGUUGUCGUUAUUCAUACUUCCUAGAUGUCAACAUAUCGUAAGGUAUCGCAGGUUCUAAAAUAGCUAAACUUGUAAUUUUUAAUGUCCUUAUUAACGUAACGAUAAUUUGUAUAAAAAAGUUGAGUCAUAAAAUUAUGCAAGCGUCUCGAUCACAAUUGAUGUGUGGUAAAAAAUCUUCAUAAUACGCAUUUUUGCUAAAGUUCUUCUUAAUCGUUUUCUGAAAUUUUUGAAUAUAUUAUGAUAUUAAAAAAAUUGUGGGAUCUUGUUGAAAAGGUGCAUUCACAUCCACUGAAUUGUAGCGCGUUUGCGAAACGAUAUUAUGUAACUAAAGCACCUGUGCAUUUGAUGAUUUAAAUAACCGUAACCACACUUUGUGGUGUCGUGUGAUCGUUCCUGAAAUAACGUUCU